CUUCCACGCUCGGGAAACCGUGUCAGCUGACCCUUGGCUGUCUCUGACAAAGCCACGUGAGCAGCGAAAGGCGGCUGGGUCAGGUGACCUGCCCCAGGAAGAGGCCAAGAUGGAAAGCCGGUGAAAGGGAAAGGGAGAAGGCGCAGGAGGCGGCGAAGGGGAAGCAGGGGGCAGCCACCAUGUCCACUAAGAGGCUGCGCAGUGAAGACUACAAUGACUACAGCUCUACAGAGGUGACUCCUGACAGCAGCCCCCCAGGGGGAUUAAGUGGUUUUUCUGGCUCAUCAUCCUACCAGCGGUUUGGAGAGGCAAACGGGACAACAUGGCUUCAAACCCUAAUACACUUGUUGAAAGGGAACAUUGGAACAGGUUUGCUGGGGCUUCCGUUGGCCAUCAGAAAUGCUGGCAUUGUGAUGGGCCCCAUCAGCUUGCUUGUGAUCGGAAUAAUUGCACUGCACUGCAUGGAUAUCCUAGUUAAGUGUGCUCACCAUUUCUGCAACAAACAUCAGAAGCCAUUUGUUGAUUAUGGUGAUGCUGUGAUGCAUGGGCUGGAAGAAGCACCCAGUGUGUGGCUUCGGAAUCAUUCCAUCUGGGGAAGGUACCUAGUGGGAUUUUUCUUGAUUCUUACUCAGCUGGGAUUCUGCUGUGCAUAUUUUGUUUUCCUGGCUGACAAUCUGAAACAGGUGAUAUCAGCUGCUAAUGGUACUACCAACAACUGCAAUGCCAAUGAAACCGCACUGUUGGCACCAACCAUGAGCUCCCAGUUAUACAUCCUGUGCUUGUUGCCAUUUGUGAUAUUGCUUGUGUUCAUCCAAAAUCUCAAGAUCCUUUCCAUCUUCUCCAUGCUGGCCAAUCUUCUCAUGCUUAGCAGCCUGAUUAUGAUAUUCCAGUACAUCGUCAGGGAUAUUCCAGAUCCCACUCAUCUGCCUAUGGUAGCCCAAUGGAAGACGUUUCCACUAUUUUUUGGCACAGCCAUUUUUGCUUUUGAAGGCAUUGGAGUGGUACUUCCUUUGGAAAACAAGAUGAAGAACCCACAGCAGUUCCCCAUCAUUCUCUAUGUGGGAAUGGGGAUUGUCACCUUGCUCUACUUCAGUUUGGGAUCUCUGGGAUACAUACGCUUUGGAGCUAACAUCCGGGCCAGCAUUACGCUCAACCUACCUAACUGUUGGUCUGCUGGCCAUCCUGAUCCCCCGCUUGGAUAUCGUCAUAUCUCUGGUGGGUUCUGUGAGCAGCAGUGCUCUAGCCAUGAUCAUCCCACCCCUCCUGGAGAUCUGCACCUUCUCCUCCGAAGGCAUGCACCCACUCAGGAUUGCCAAAGAUAUCCUCAUCAGCGUCAUAGGCUUUGUUGGAUUUGUGGUGGGGACUUACGAGUCUCUCUUCGAACUCAUUGUACCAACGGUUUCCAACACCACCAGUGCCUUGCCAUGACACUUUUAACCUGCCACAGCUUCCACUCCCAGUCUGUCACAGAACGUUUCAGUAGGUCCUGGUUUCCUCUUGUAGCAGCUGCAGGGACUCAUUCCUUCUUGUUUUCCAAGUGUGUUUAUUUGCAGCUGAAAGGGCAUAGAUGCAGUGAAAAAGAUAGCACUUGCAUCUAUUGUGUGUCCUUGUUUCUUCAUUUAUGAAUCUGCUGUUUGAGAGCUUUCAUGGUUUGAAGGCUGACCUUUGACUAGAAUGGGACAUUAGAAUGGGAUGUAACAGUGUUGCCUAUUCAAUAGUGACUGGUCCCUAUUAGGCAAGGAAUGAUGUCAAGAACCUUGGGUUUAACUCCACACUACAUCUUUCUGGAUUUGGACCAGUAAAUGUUUGGGGAAUUAUGAAGAAUCACCACCACUUUCUUUUUUGUUGCACUUUUCAAGUACGUCUGUUUGAAAAGGUGAGAGCAAAGACUAUGAAUCUAUUGAUGUUUUAGUGCAAAUGUUUCUAUUUGAUAUAGAAACUGGUGUGUAACUUGAGUAGGAUAUAGGAGAGAGACAAAUGGGAACCUGUUUACAGUUUUUUUAAAUGGAUGCCAUGCUGUGGCAUCCUCUUUCUUUUCUGCUAUACAUCUCUGUGUUUGUGUGCAUAUUAACAACACAAUGAUAUCAUGAGCAAUGCUCACCAUUGAUUGGACUGUUUUCAGAAGACAUAGAGAGCAAAGUUUAUGUUGCUAAAUCAAGUACUUUCUCAUAUAGAUGCUGUAAAAAAGUUGGUUACCAGGUACCUUGGAAGAAACAUAUGUGCAAAUGCAAGACUAGGGUCUGGGUUAUGGAAGUAAUUUUAGAUGCAGGGAAUUUUAUUUAUGGUUGUAUAUUCAGAGGGAGUAUUGGUGACUAAUUUUAAACUACCGUCUCAUGACUCAAUCAAGCAGAUGUAUAUUAAAUAUAGGUAGAAAUAGGUAUUGGACCUUUCCUUCUCCUUUGCUGACAUGGGUUCAUAAUCUGUAUUGGCAUUCUGCUUUCUGUACAGCAAUUGCUUGUAGAAUGGCUUCCCCCUGAGCAGCUUUGCUGUGUAUUCCUUUCCCCAAAUUUGAUCUGAAUUGAGGGUACCUUGGAUUUUUAGGAUACCUUGGGAAGGAUAGGAGAGCAAAGGGAGUCCGGCUGCAGGUUAUAGAGCCCUAUCAUUAAAAAAAAAGCCAAGUUCUCUUAAGCAGCCUGGGAUGAAAAGCAAAAUGAGAUAAAGAAGCUUCCAGACCAGCCUUAUUUUUUUCUAAAUAUAGGAGUUUGCCAAACAUUAAUUAUAGGGCAAUUAUAAACAUGUCUACUCAAUAGUAACUCCUGCUUUGUUUCUUCAAAGAUGGCACUCUAGUAUUCCUAUAAUGGUUUUGAUUUGGGUACCUUUGUGUAAAUGUGAGCCAUCUAUGAAUGAUUUUGGUCUGUUUUGAUGUACACUUGCCUUUGUAAAAAUGUAAUCAUGAUGUUUGAUCCACUUCACUCCAUUUCCUGACAUUGAUACUGGUAUCAAGAUAAAUUGAACUUAAUUUCCUAUCUACUUUAUCAUUACCCAAAAGUUCCAAAUAUAUUCUUUGAGGUAUGCUGGAUUUCAUUAGAAAAUGUUUCUCUUUCUGCAUGGCAAGGGAAAUAGUAGAUUACAAGUACAUUUUAAAAAGAAAUUGGCACAUUCAGUUUACAGUCUCUUCUGUUUCAUACAAAAACAUUUGUCAAAAUUAUUUACAUUUUCAUAUCAGAAUGGAGCCACAUAGGUAGAUGUUUUAGUCCUGUGGUAAUGGUGCAAGAUUUUUGUAAGAUACUUUAAUGGUACAGUUUUAAGUAGGAAUUAGAGUAGAUAAAAUGAAAUUGGUUGAAAGCAGCAACUUCACACUGGAGCUAAGAAAACUUGUUUUUUUUUCUGGAUAGAAUUUUCAAAAUCCCCCAGCGAAUGUGAUAUCAGGUUGGGGGGGGGGGGUGGCAGUUGUAGUCCCUAAAGUCACUUUCCUACACUCUGUUUUAGAAUAGCAACUCCUUUUUGUGAGUUGGUAUAUUUUGACACAGCAUCACUUAAAAUCUGUUGGGGCACGAUAGAAUAAGUAGUUUCUCAAAAGCUCUCAUACCCUUGUUUCUCACUUUGUUCCUGGGUUUGAGUUGCAAUCGGAUCCAAGAUCAGCACCAAUUGCAAAAAAGGAUGCAGAAAGAAGUAGAACAGGAGACACAUGAAAUAGGUUGGCAAAACAAUCAUUGUGUUUGUGUCCUUCUUUAACUCUCUUGUACAUUUGGCUUUUUCAGUUAAUGCCUGUCAGAGAACUGAUUUUGCUCAUUAAAAAUUUUCCUACAGGGAAAUAAUGUAGUUUUACAAUUUUGAAGUUAGAACUGUUCCCAUUUUCGUUCUACAUUUUUGUCAGAAAGUCCAACGGUUGCAAGUUUUGCAGUACUUUUGAGGGCAUCCCCCUUUAUCUUGGCCAGCUUUCUGUCUCUCCCAAGGAGCUAUCUUAGCUAAUUUUCUGCCAUAGUCAGAGACAUUAAUAUCUGUUGCACAUUUAUUUAAUAUUGUUUUGAGAAACAAAGCCAAAUGUAUCAUUUUUUUUGAAAUAUUUAUCUCAGUUUCUUAUUUGCAAUGUUUCUGUAAUAACACAUGUUUUAAAAUCUGGUUUUACACUGCUUGAAGCCUCACCCUUUGGUGAGAAAAUUGCACUUGACUCUUACAUAAUUAACUGCUUUAACAUUAGUGAAUGUUUAAUGGAGUUGAGGUGACCCUCACUAUCUGAUAUCACUAUCAGAAUUUUUGCUAAUUGUGGCUUCUAUCAUUGUGAUGGUAGCUGGUGAGAUAACCUUUAUAGUUUUUGUUAACGUUACUUGCUUGAAUGGGUUUGUGGGUUAUGAAGUCUUCCUCCCUCCCUCCCUCUUUCUUCCUUGUCAAGUUUCUUUUUCAAUAGACCAGCCUUCUCCCAGUCUGGCACACUCCUCAUGUUUUAUUCUACAUUCCCAUCACCCUAGCCAGCAUGUCAAUGGCCAAAGAUGGUGAUAAAUGCACUUCAGCAUAUUAGGAAAGGUGGGGCUGUGUUUACUUUCUUGCAGGGAACAUAUUACUUACCCAACAGGCAGAAUUCUAGUAUUUGCUGUUUACCUUUCUAGUGAUUUGUCAACUGAAGUCAAGAAAGUUAAGGCCAGAACCACCACCCCGCCUAUGUUCUAAGAAACUACUACUUGACAUACUUUUUAAAAGUAGUUUAUUGCCUAGUGGAGAUCCCAGUCUGAUUUCGGACUCUCCAUGAGAGUCACUUAAUGGGGUUGUGUGUUCAUUCUCAUAUAUAUAUUGUGAACACACAACCCCAUUAAGUGACAUACACACACACACACACACACACACCAGUGGGCAAAAGGGCAUUUCAGUUUUAAAUCAGACCUAUGCUUUGAAUUUGGUUUGCUUUAUUUUAAAGAAAUCAGUGGCUGAACUAUGAGAUGUAUGUAUGUGAAAUCAAAGUGUCAUUUGGUUGUUCCUGUAGAUUUGUAUAAGAGGAGAAUCAGUGAUCAGGUUCCUCACCAGCAGCUCUUGACAGGACCCCAAAAUUGUAGAUUCUUUAUGCUAUGGUAUGUAUUUGCACAGCAGCAGAAUGUGGAUUCUCCAUUGAUUUACCUUCCUGUCAAAUCCCAUGAGAAAGUCUGCUUUUGCAUGGGCAGAUUCUUUCUUUGGGAUUAAUCUAAGAUCCCAGGAAGUUACCCUUGAUUCAUAGUUUUGGGUUUUACCUCUGGAUAACCUAGAAUAAUGGUUUGAUAGUCAUUUCUUGUAAUGAGGAGAAUAUUCUUUUCUUUUUUUUUAAUUUUAUGUGUUGUACAGAAUGAAGCAAACAAUUAGUAGGGCAAGUUAAAUGUAGAGAUAUAAUAAUUUGAAUCAGUGGGGGCGGGAUCACAAUAAAAAUAUCCAUAAUAUGAUUUUUAAACAAGUGACUUUGAAGGCAGUUAAAGAUGUUUGCGUAUGUCUGUAUGUAUACACUAAAUCACUAAAUGUGUAUUUAUUUGUGCCUAAAUUUGUACAUUGCAGGCAAGUCCUUUGUACUGCUGCUACUGUGCAUACCCAGUGGGAAGAUUAAUUAUGUUGUGUACAAUGGUGCUGUACCCGAAUCAUGUAUUUUUCUGGUUGUUUUAUUCAAUAAAGUCUUCUUUUUUACUCUA